ACAGAGACGGGCAGGAAAACUCAGCUUGAGCUUUUCUUCCACUCUCCUUGAGGAAGCGCGCGGACCUCGAGACACUUCUACCCAGUUUACCGAAGACUGCUCGUGCGAGCGACCUGUUUAAUUUCCUUAUAUCAGGAAUUGAUAAGCUUCGCAUCUUUGAGUUUUCCUCCGAUGGCACAUAGGAUGAGUGUCUUGACUCUUGGGCUUGUGAGGAGACUGUAGCAGUGAUCUGGUCAUGGCGUUUCCACAAGGAUACUUGUACCAGUCUUCGCUCUCUCUUUACUCGUGUCCUCCGUACGGCUCGAGCGCGAUCACGGGACCGCGGACAGAUGAUCUGGGACGCUCCUCUAGCGGAUCUGCUUUCGCCCCGUACGCGUCCACAGCCUUCACAAACACCACAGUCUUCAACUCACUCCAGUACAGUCCCGAAUCCACAGCCCCCUUCACUUCGUAUGGGGGCUCCCCAUACGACCAUUCUCCAGGCAUGACUGGCUCUAUAGGCUAUCACCCGUACGCCGGUCCCCUGGGCCCGUACCCGUUUGGAGACCCCGCUUACCGGAAGAACGCCACACGAGAUGCCACCGCCACCCUGAAGGCCUGGCUCAGCGAACACAGGAAAAACCCUUAUCCCACCAAGGGGGAAAAAAUCAUGCUGGCCAUCAUCACCAAAAUGACCCUCACUCAGGUGUCCACCUGGUUCGCCAACGCCCGCAGGAGACUGAAAAAAGAGAACAAAAUGACGUGGACGCCGCGGAACAGGAGCGAGGAUGAAGAUGAGGAGGAUAGUAUUGAUUUAGAGAAAAUUAAUGAUGAAGACGAUGAACCGCUCAAAACAACCGAAACAACACAGACGACCAAAGAUUCAGUUGGCGAUGACUGCACAGAAAACCGCGCGGAAGAUCAGGACGACGCGACGGAUAGUGUCAUCAUCGACUGUGAAGAAGAGGAGAAUCGGACAGUCGCUGAGUCUCCGGUGCCCACGACCUCCUCUCCUCAAAACGAGAUGAGUGAAUCCAAGAAGCCCCUCAGUGAAAGCUGCAAAGCCGCAUCUGUCAUUCAUUCUGCAAACUCGACCCCUAAACCCAAACUGUGGUCUCUUGCCGAAAUCGCUACGUCGGAUAAGGGGAGUGACGAACCGUCACAAACAUCUGGGGCGUUAUCGCCCGCCGGGUCACCUGCGCAAUGCCCCUUCCCCCCCAGACAUUUAUACUACGCCUCUCCGUUCUACGCGGGAUUCACGAACUACGGCACAUUCGGACACCUGAACGGCGCCGGUUCAAACGGAAUUAAUCAGGCUGUGUUACACAGAGCGAGAGACAGCAGACUGACCCAGGAGAUGUGUAAAGAACUUACAUUUGAGCACAGGAGGCCGAAUAUUUAGUGCUUUUAUAUUUAUUAUUUCUGUUUUGAAAGGGAUUUUUCAGUAUGGCGAACGGCAAAUCUCCGAUAAAACGCUCUCUGAACUUUACACGAAAGUUUUUAAUAUUUAAAAAGGAAAUGGUAUUGAAAUAUUCUUUUUCUUUAUUGUAAAAUAUUUGUGCAAGAGGCCAAAGUACUAAUUUAAAACAUUUUUUUUUUGUAAUCUUAAUCAGCUGUUAAAAUGAUUUAAAUUAUCAUUGUUUUCACGGAUCUUUGCACAUUACAAACUUUGAUCGUGCCAUUUUGCUAGAUCUACUUAACCUGUCAUAUGGAGGGCGGGGAAAAUAAUUUUUCAAGCAAAUUUGCUAAUGCAUAUUCUAGGUCAGUGGUUUUGUUUGUGCCUAGUAAAUUAUAUGUUCUCUUUAAACUUUAAAGACAUAAAUAACACCCAUUUUAUUAAGAGAUUUUGAAAUAGAUAUGCGAGAGCUGUUUUUAUAUGCUUACAGAAGAGGAACUACAGGGUUGGCAUCAGGUCCAGUAUCAUGACAUUCUCUGGAAGAUAUCAGUCAAGAAAAUUCAGCUAAAAAGCUAUUCUUUACAUAUAUAUUUUGACCCAUUACGGAUUCUUCUAUCAUCUGUUCUUUACAGAAAGUGUGCAGUGCCUUCCUGAUUUGCUCACAACUGUGCUACACCUACAUGGACUCAAAGAAAACACUCAAUAACUGUAACCGUGGCCUCCUGGGCAUAAUACAGAGGAUAAAUUGUAAAUUUAAAUAGCACAAGUCAACAUUUAUUGCAGGGGGAUUAUGGGACAGUACUCUUAAGUGGAGGAGAUAUUAAAUUUAUGCUCCAUAAAGCA